GUCUUUCAGGUGAUGCUUCUUUCGUGACGUAUAAUGGACUGGACGGACGCUUCUUCAGGAACAACAAGGCGCCAACUCUUUCAACCACGUCGGUAGCUUGCUAGCCAACAUAAAACUGAAAGAUUGACGUUUUAGACCAUGCUAAUGUACAUUAUCUAAUCUCAGUGUUUUAAACGAUUUUCGGUUAACGUAUCAACUGGUUCAAUUUGCAAACGUGUUAAAGAUUGAUACUGAGCCUAGCACUAGGCUAGACGCUAAUGCUAGCUAGCUAGCUAACAUCCCUGACCAUGAGCUCACUAAACUACUCCUCCCUUACUAAUGAAGAGGGGGUCUGCUGUAUGGAGAAAGAAUCUUUCAGAAUGAAAAAGGAGGAAGAUGAGGCUGUUAUAGUGAAAGAAGAGAAAGAACCGUUUAGAGAGGAAGAUGAUGCUUUCUCAAUAAAGAUGAAGGAGGAAGACGUUUUGGGAGUGAAAGAGGAAGAGACAGAAUAUCAGAUUAACACCAGAGAGACACAUGACUAUCGUGGAUCCUCUGGGAAGCCUCAACAACAUCCUGAUGCUGACGAGGAAGAGAAGAGUCUCUCCAGAUCAGAACACCAGAUGGACAACGCUAGCCCUUCCACCCUCUCGGAGUCCCCGUGUCAUGCCUCUCCUGUUAGCACCUUGCUGCUGGUGGACUGCAGGAAAACAAUGGGGCUGAGUGGAACUGUGGGAGGAGGAGAAGAGAGGAAAGGAUCAGAUUUGACUCAAAGAGAAAGACCAGACUCAGAGGAACUAGAGCCAGGGAUGACCAAACCAGCAAGACGACACCAGUGCUCCCAGUGUGGACAGCGUUUCAACCAAAAAGCAACCCUGAAACAACACGAGAGAAUACACACAGGAGAGAAGCCUUACCACUGCUCCCAGUGUGGAAAGAGUUUUUACAAUUUAGGGAACCUGAAACAACAUGAGAGAAUACACACAGGGGAGAAGCCUUACCACUGCUCCCAAUGUGGAAGGUGUUUCAACCAAUCGGGGGCGCUGAAACAACAUGAGAGAAUACACACAGGAGAGAAGCCUUACCACUGCUCCCAAUGUGGAAGGUGUUUCAACCACUCGGGGGCGCUGAAACAGCAUGAGAGAAUACACACAGGAGAGAAGCCUUACCACUGCUCCCAGUGUGGAAAGUGUUUCAACCAGUCAGGGAAGCUGAAACAGCAUGAGAGAAUACACACAGGAGAGAAGCCUUACCACUGCUCCCAGUGUGGAAAGAGUUUUUAUGAUUUAGGGAACCUGAAACAACAUGAGAGAAUACACAAAGGAGAGAAGCCUUACCACUGCUCCCAGUGUGGAAAGUGUUUCAGCCAUUCAGGGAAGCUGGAACAGCAUGAGAGAAUACACACUGGAGAGAAGCCUUACCACUGCUCCCAUUGUGGAAAGUGUUUCAACCGGAAAGCAUGCCUGAACCAACACGAGAGAAUACACACAGGAGAGAAGCCUUACCACUGCUCCCAUUGUGGAAAGCGUUUCAACCAGAGAGGAAACCUGAAAAAACAUGAGAAAAUGCACACAGGGGAGAAGCCUUACCUCUGCUCCCAGUGUGGAAAGAGUUUUCACCAGGAAGCACACCUGAAAGCUCAUGAGAGAAUACACACAGGAGAGAAGCCUUACCACUGCUCCCAAUGUGGAAAGUGUUUCAACCAGUCGGGGGAGCUGAAACAACAUGAGAGAAUACACACAGGAGAGAAGCCUUACCACUGCUCCCAAUGUGGAAAGUGUUUCAACCAGAGAGUAAACCUGAAACAUGAGAGAAUACACACAGGAGAGAAGCCUUACCACUGCUCCCAGUGUGGAAAGAGUUUCAACCGGAAAGCAAACCUGAAAGCUCAUGAGAGAAUACACACAGGAGAGAAGCCUUACCACUGCUCCCAAUGUGGAAAGUGUUUCAACCAGUCGGGGGAGCUGAAACUACAUGAGAGAAUACACACAGGAGAGAAGCCUUACCACUGCUCCCAUUGUGGAAAGUGUUUCGUCCAUUUGGAGGUGCUGAAACAGCAUGAGAGAAUACACACAGGGGAGAAGCCUUACCACUGCUACCAGUGUGGAAAGGGUUUCAACCAGAGAGGACACCUGAAACUACAUGAGAGAAUACACACAGGAGAGAAGCCUUACCACUGCUCCCAGUGUGGAAAGAGUUUCAGCCGGAAAGCAUUCCUGAACCAACACGAGAGAAUACACACAGGGGAGAAGCCUUACCACUGCUCCCAGUGUGAAAGCUGUUUCAACCAGUCGGGGGAGCUGAAACAACACGAGAGAAUACACACGGGAGAGAAGCCUUACCACUGCUCCCAGUGUGGAAAGCGUUUCAACCAUUCAGGAAAGCUGAAACGGCAUGAGAGAAUACACACAGGAGAGAAGCCUUACCACUGCUCCCAAUGUGGAAAGUUUUUCAGCCAGAUAGGAUACCUGAAACAACAUGAGAGAAUACACACAGGGGAAAAGCCUUACCACUGCUCCCAUUGUGGAAAGUGUUUCAACAAUUCAGGGACACUGAAACGACAUGAGAGAAUACACACAGGGCAGAAGCCUUACCACUCCUCCCAGGGUGCAAAGCUUUUGCCCAUUUAGGAAGCCUGAAAGAACACAUUAGACUGCACACAGAGGAGAAGGCUUAGAAAAGCUCAGACUGUGGGAAAACAUAGUACUCAUAACAGUCAUUUAAACGUCAUUAGAGAAUCCACACCGGAGAGAGAAAUUACUUCUCUUAGCGUGUAUAUUGAUAUUUCACAUCACAUUGGCUUAAAAUUCAUCAGAGAACAUACACAGUGCUCCCAUUGUCUUAUAUUGUUGAC